CAACAUCUGGAGAGCACCAGAUUGGAGAAGACUGGAUUUGUGAGCAAUGAAGUGUUUUUCAUGCUUGGAAUGUGCUGCAUGAAUGCACAAGGACACAGUGAGACUAGUUCUUCUUGGCAUUCAGUUGGACAACUCCUUAGCCAUUCUGGAGAUGGACUUGCUUUCCGGGACCUACCUCUUGGCAGCCUUAUUAGCCUGUAUUGUGUUUCAGUCUGGUGCUCAGGAGAAGAAUUAUACGGUACGGGAGGAGCUGCCAGAAAAUGUCCUAAUUGGCAAUUUGCUUAAGGACCUCAACUUGACUCUGGACCCCGAUGUGCCCCUUUCAUCGCCCCUUCAGUUCAAGCUUGUGUAUAAGACCGGGGAUGUUCCGCUGGUCCGGGUGGAGGAGAAUACCGGAGAAAUAUUCACCACUGCCAAUCGCAUCGACCGGGAAAAGCUUUGCUCUGGCAUUUUUAGCGAGAACCGUUGUUUUUAUGAGGUGGAAGUUGCCGUCCUGCCUGAUGAAGUUUUCCGGUUGGUCAAGAUCCGGUUCCUGAUUGAGGAUAUAAAUGACAAUGCCCCUCUUUUCCCAUCAACGGUCAUUAAUAUUUCCAUCCCUGAGAACACGGCCAUCAAUUCCCGCUAUUCUGUCCCGUCUGCUCUUGAUCCCGACAUUGGAGUGAAUGGGAUUCAGCACUACGAACUCCUUAAGCCCAAAACAGCUCCGAAAAGGACCUUUGGAUCCAUUACAAAUGAACAGGGUCAAAAUGUAUUUGGACUUGAUAUAAUUGAGACACCUGAGGGGGACAAGUGGCCCCAGUUGAUAGUCCAGCAGAUCCUUGACAGGGAGCAGAAGGAUACCUAUGUGAUGAAGAUUAAAGUGGAAGAUGGUGGUAACCCUCCACGAUCCAGCACUGCUAUUCUCCAAGUAACAGUCACUGAUGUGAAUGACAACCGCCCAGUGUUCAAGGAGAAUGAUAUCGAAGUCAGUGUUCCUGAAAAUGCCCCUGUAGGCACCUCUGUUUCUCAGCUUCAUGCCACUGAUUCUGACUUGGGGUCAAAUGCCCAGAUCCACUUCUAUUUCAGCAGCCAGAUCUCCACCUUGGCCAAAAGGCUGUUUGCCAUUGAUAACACCACUGGUCUUAUCACCAUCAAGGAGCCAUUGGACCGGGAGGAAUCUCCAGUACACAAGUUAACAGUCUUGGCAAGUGACGGCAGUUCAACGCCCUCAAGAGCGACGGUAACAGUGAAUGUCACAGACAUUAAUGAUAACAUCCCAUCAAUAGAUACAAGGUACAUUAUCAAUCCAGUGAAUGGGACUGUGCUUUUGUCGGAGAAAGCACCACUCAAUACUAAAAUUGCCCUGAUUACAGUAAUGGAUAAGGAUGCUGACCUUAACGGCAAAGUCACCUGCUUCACAGACCAUGAUGUGCCAUUCAGGUUAAAGCCUGUGUUUGAUAAUCAGUUUCUGUUGGAGACAGCCACAUUCCUGGACUAUGAGGCCACCCGGGAAUAUGCCAUUAAGAUAGUAGCUUCUGAUUCAGGGAAACCACCUUUGAACCAGUCUGCAAUGCUCCUCAUCAAAAUCAAGGAUGAGAAUGACAAUGCACCAGUGUUCACACAGCCCAUUAUUGGACUCUCUAUCCCUGAGAACAAUGCUCCUGGCACCCAGCUAACUAAGAUUAGUGCUACUGAUGCUGACAGUGGCCGCAAUGCUGAAAUCAGCUACAUGUUGGGUCUGGAUGCACCCCCCAUCUUCAACCUGGACCGUCGUACAGGCAUUCUGACAGCCGUGAGAAAACUGGACAGGGAAAAGCAGGACAGAUAUUCAUUCACUGUGCUAGCUAAAGAUAAUGGAAUGCCUCCCUUGCAGACCAACGCUACUGUGACAGUUUCAGUCUUGGACCAAAAUGACAACAGUCCUGCCUUCACCCACAAUGAGUAUAAUUUCUAUGUACCAGAAAACCUACCCAUGUAUGGCACUGUUGGACUGAUCACUGUGACAGAUGCAGACUCUGGAGAGAAUGCAGCCGUGACCUUAUCUAUAUUGAAUGGCAGAGAUAAUUUCAUUAUUGAUCCCCUCACUGGAGUCAUAAGGCCUAAUAUUACUUUUGACAGGGAGCAGCAAGGUUCUUACACCUUUCAGGUGAAGGCUGUGGAUGGAGGAAGGCUACAACGCUCAUCAACUGCCAAGGUGACCAUCAAUGUGGUUGAUGUGAAUGACAAUAGGCCUGUAUUUGUCAUACCAUCAUCUAACUACUCGUAUGACUUGGUUCCAGUGACUACUAGCCUGGGCUCUGUAGUCACAAAGGUGUUUGCCAUUGAUAAUGAUACAGGGAUGAAUGCAGAGCUUCGCUACAGCAUUAUUGGUGGAAAUUCAAGGGGAUUAUUUAUGAUUGACCAGUUAACAGGCAAUGUUACUUUGAGAGAGAAGGUCAUAUCAGCAGAUCAUGGGUUACAUAGACUGGUUAUCAAAGUCAAUGAUUUAGGACAGCCUGAGUCACUAUAUACUAUAGCAUUGGUGCAUUUGUUUGUGAAUGAAACGGUCACCAAUGGAUCCUAUGUCCAAGAGUUAGUGCACCGAAACAUGGAGACACCAGUUGGCCAAAAUGUUGGGGAUGGUGAGAUAACCCCACAGACCAAUGACUAUGUCAAGAUCAUAAUUGCAAUCAUUGCAGGCACCAUGACGGUAAUACUAGUCAUCUUCGUGACUGCGCUGGUACGAUGCCGCCAAACGCCUAGGCACAAGGUUGUCCAGAAGAGCAAGCAGAGUGGCGAAUGGGUUUCUCCAAACCAAGAAAACCGUCAGAUCAAGAAGAAGAAGAAGAAGAAGAAGCGUUCUCCCAAAAGCCUCCUUCUCAACUUUGUGACAAUUGAAGAAUCGAAGCCCGAUGAUCCUGGCCAUGAACACAUCAAUGGCACUUUGGACAUUCCCGUGGAGCUAGAAGAACAGACUAUGGGAAAAUAUAACUGGGCCACCACACCAACCACCUUUAAGCCUGACAGCCCAGAUUUAGCAAAGCACUACAAGUCUGCUUCCCCACAGCCCACUUUUCAAAUUAAACCUGAGACUCCAGUGCCACCAAAGAAGCACCAUGUCAUUCAGGAACUGCCUCUGGAUAACACCUUUGUGGUGGGCUGUGAUUCACUCUCCAAGUGUUCUUCCAGUAGCUCGGACCCUUACAGUGUCUCUGAAUGCAGCUGCCAAGGAGGGUUCAAGACUCCAGGCUCCAUCCACACCAGACAGCUCUGAACGUCUUCGCAUCAGCUGUUAAGUACUGAAGUCAUACACAAUGAUGUUAAGCCAGCAAACAUGGAAAUAUGGGAAUAGCACGAGAAGGCCCUUUGUCCUCUCUCCCUGAUUGCUGAAGAAUUUUCUCGUCUGAUCUCCAGAGGGGUUUUCGAAGUGGCGUUGAACUGUUCAAGCUGCCCUACUGAAAGGUAUUCAGGGCGAGAACAUUUAAGAGAAAAGGAAAGAAAAGAAAGACAAAGAGAGACUAUAGCUGUUCUAUAAUGUGGUUUUG